CUGGGGGUUUCCUACAUGUUUUAGAACAUAGAAAUACUGUACUUACACAAAAUAAUCGACUCACUUUUCUUCUACACUGCUGCUAACAAACAAUCUGGACGUCCUGUGAAUGUAGUUUAGCUCCGUCGCCGUUUUGCCUUACUACAUAACGGAUUUAACAUCUUACCUAGGAUUUUACCUUCUGUACUUUUUUUGAAGAAGUGAACGACUCUGUUACUGGCAGACUUCGGUGAAUGCUUUGCUUUUUAGUUAGAAAGUACCGGUUUUGCAGUUGUUUACACUCAUUUCUGAAACUUAGGUAAACGCACAGAACAUCAUGAAGGCAUGCGAAUGGGAGAACUUGGCCAGCCGCUUCAGGAAAAUCGAGUCUCUGCUUGGUCUGGCUGGCUGCCUCCUUGUGCUCUAUGCAGUGUGGAGCCCGGACUGGAUCAGGGGUGAGGGUCUGUGGGUCACGGGUAAUGACACCUUAUUAGACCCUGCUGGAGGAAGCGCUCUGAAGGCUGAAUGUCCCAGAGGAGAAGGUGGAGUGCUGGAAGCGGAGCAGGUGUUUGCAGUCCUGGCCUUCAUCCUGGCUGGGAGCUGCAGCUGUGUGUGUCUGCUCUUCAUUUUGUGCUGGUCCUCUUACACCAGCAGGUCCUAUACUUACACUUCCUCCCAGGUGAACGGGGGCCAGGUUCUCUUCCCAGGGACGCUCCUGCUGGUCAUCCUCUUCCCUACAGGUCUUUUCUUCCUCAUCAGCUGGUCUCUCUUUACCAGACACCACAGAGAUGAGAUCGCCGAUGACAUCGCUCAGCUCGGCUCCUGCUAUUGGCUGGGAGCCCUGGCUUGGGUGUUGCUGCUUGUGGCAGUGCCUGUCACCUUCGUCAUUGAGCAGUUUGUCUGCCCUGUCCCCUCGACGGACACAUCUGCCUUGCUGGAGCCACACCACCCCUCGCAGCAGAGGACUGGAGCAGGGUCAGUGUAAAGGGUGGUGUGAUCAACCUCAAUAGGAAGGGACACAGCCUUAGGAUCAGAACAUUACAAGGGACCCUCGCUAAUGAAUGGGAACCUCUUACCUACUACUGCGGCAGUGAAGAGAACACGUGGAGGGAUAUGUCACGGGACAGAUUCAUCUCAUUUGUAGUACUUUAUUGUUGUGUACUAUAGUUAUGUGUUGUAAAUCGUUGUAACACAUAGACAUAGUAACUAAUAUAUAGGUACCUAAAUUAACAAAACAUCAAAUGGUAAUCACCAUCCAUGGUAAUCACUGGCCACUGAUUUUGCAUAAAAUAUUUUUUGAAGUCGUUUUACACUAAAAUAGCAGUUGUGAACCAAUUGUAUUAUAGAGUGGAUAUAUUGGAACAAGUUCAAGACAUGGUGUUACUUGAGGUUACUGUAGUAACGAGGUCUGUCAUGCAUAGCUAAUGUUAAAGUUGCAGGAUUGUUUGUAGCUGAUUGUGAAACUCUGCAUUUUCCACUACUGUCUGGAAUGGUACUUCGGGGGCUGAUCCCCUUUAAGCAGAUAAACUAACUGGGGACUAGCAAGAAACAGACAAUAUGCAUGUACAUGUGCUACUUUAGACUUUAGUAACAUUAACUUUUCAUUUAGAUAACAUAUCUGUAAAACGAAACAUGAUAUGAUUUGCUGUAAAUGCAGUGCAAAAGAAGAAGUUCUAUAGGUUCUGUCCUCUUCAACCCCAGGUACUGAUUGGAUCGGUUUCAUUUUGUAUUGUAUUGUACACAAUUGCAAGAAGAUAUAGAUUGUUAUUCUGGAACUUUGUACUAAAGGUUUUUUAAUGUAUGUAUGAUUAAUUUCCACACUGAUGAAUAUGUGUAUAUUACAGUGCGGGGUCAUCAUUUGAAACCCCCCUAAAACAUUUACAGCUGUCUAUAUAUAUGUUUGUUCUGUGCAAAGAUGUAUAACUGAAUUUUGAUUAAAUAUA